AUGGCUUCAUUUAGUGAUGAGAAUAUAAAAGGAAGUGGCAAGAAAUUGAAAGUUCAUUUUGAUCUUCCUGAGGAUGAAGAUUAUCAUAAAGAAAAGAAUUCAAGUUCUUCAAUUUCAUCACAUUCUUCACUAGAUUCAAAUGAUCAUAACAUAGAAAAUUUUGAAGAAUCUAAUAAUGUUGGUUAUGGUUCACCUGUUUGGAGUUUUCAAAGUGGAAUAGUGACACAAUCUCCUCCACCUCAGUUGAUGAGCCCUAGCCCUAAUUCUGGAUAUGAUCCAAAUAGAAUACCUUCUUCUGCUUUUGCUCCUAAACCUACAAGUCCUAUGGAUUGGAGUGUUCAAUCAAAUGAAUCAUUGUUUAGUUUACAUUUGGGGAAUUAUAGUUUCUCAAGGGAACAAUUUUUCGCAUACAAAUAUUCCGGUGAACUGCCAAAGAAUAAUGAUAGUGUCGGGGUGUCUACGACAAUGCCACGUAUUCAAGAGAUAAAACAUAGUAACGAUGACAAUAUAGUUGAAAUUGAGAGACAUUCUGGGUCGUCAGACUCCUCUCAUGACUCAACAAAUACAUCAAAUAAAACAAAGAAUUUAACUUUGGAGAAUGACCGUAUAAAAUCGUCAAAUGAAAAUGUUGAGAAAACUACAUUGGACAAAACUCAAGAUGAUCAUAGUAAAGCGGCGGCGGUUCUUAACGAAGAACCUACGAAUUAUGCGGCCACUGUCUCGUACCGUUCGGUCGAAAGCGAUAUGAGCAGCAAUCACUCAUUUCAAUUUCCUAUGUAA